UGACUUGCAUCGGUCGAGCUAUAAGAAUGCUUGAGUGCGACGUAAGACAGCAUUAUUGAAUAUUCUUUGUAGCAGGGACGUCUUCGUGUGAGGGCGCGGUGCGUGGUUUGUUUAGUUGCGAAUCAAAAAAAUGAUUACUUAGUAGUAAGAUGGCCCUCACUCUGUUAACCCCGAAGCUCAAGUCCUGCCUCUCACUCCUCUUACUCAUGGCUUCACCGAGUCUGUCUGCGCAGACGGCACCCAAGAUAUCGCAGCUGUACCAGUUCACUUACCCCACUGCCGUCGAAAAUCUGAUCUCUCUUCCCAACGGCUGUCUUCUCCUAAGCACCUCAGCUGAUGCCGACCUCUGGUAUAUCGAUCCCGAGGCUCUUUUCCCAGCGGCACAAAAUGUGAUCACGCUGUCGGGGAGCGUCAAGCUAACGGGUAUUGCCGCGCUCGGCGACAACUUCUACGCAGUUGCCGGCGCCGCUCCGAACCCCCCGGGAAGCCACAUGCAAAUCUAUGUCAUUAACGUAGAGACAGAAGGCCAAGUGAGCGCCAAAGUGGACCACGUCGUGAAAGUCCCGGGGACAGGAGACAUUAGUGGGAUGGCAGCGCUGCCGAGUAAUCCACGCACGAUUUUAAGCGCCGAUGCUGUCGGUGGUCGAAUUCUGCGUGUCAACACUAGCGACAAUACUGUCAGUGUCGCGUUUGAACAUGCAACGCUGAAACCGAACGACGAAAAAAACGCGACCGCAAAGGGCGUCAAGGGACUUAAAAUCCGCGGUGAUCAUCUCUACUUUACCAACUCGGCGCAGAAGCUUUUUGGCCGCUUUCCUAUCAGUGCGGACGGAGCUAAUAUUGGCGACGUCGAGAUUUUGGCUCGUCUAGACGAGACACACGGUAAUGAUGCGUCGUAUGAUGACUUCAGCUUCGAUAGGGAAGGAAAUGCUUUCGUUGCAGUGCAUCCAUCAUCGAUUCACAAGGUUGCACCCGGCGGCGCACAGUUGGUGUUUGCUGGAGGGAUGAAUUCAACGAUGCUGGAGCCUACAUCGACCAUUCUAUCCAACAGCGGAAAUGCCAUCUACGUUUCCACGGCCGGAAAGGAUACAGGGUAUCCCAUAUCCGGGGGCCAAGUUCUUAGGGUGCAGGUUGGAACAUUGUACAAUGCCUGAGGGGUACCUACGUAUCCUGACCUAAGCUAGAUGAUAAACACAUCCCUUGAUUCGAGAUUAUGGUCUGGAUGUAUAUUGAUAUUGUAUUUGAGAAUGAAGAGCCAAACUCUUAUCAUGACGAGCGGGAUUCAUUACAUAUACAACUGCAGUAGUGGAUAGGUCAGACAGCUCGUUAAAAGCAAGGUAUCUCGCAAAGAGGCUCCCUUUGGGGCACUCUUCUUUUG